UUUCUAAAGUCUUAACAACCAGACAUUGCUAAAAUCUUUGUAAUUUGUAAUGUAAUGUGUUAAAGUAGGCUGUACAAUAAAAGCUUUAAAUUUGGGUAAACCAAAAUAAAAUCUGAAUUAAGGUGUUUCCAAGUGGUUAAGCUGAAAACAUGCCAGUUGCUGAUGAAAUCCAGUCUUCAUGGGCUGAUGAAGUAGAGAUCGAUCAAGGUGCCCUUCCCCCACCAUCGGAAGUAGUUGAAAAUGGCUUGAAAAUUGUAACUGAAUAUAAAUAUGACAAUGACAAUAAAAAAGUAAAGAUUGUUCGCACAUAUAAGAUAGAAAAACGCAUUGUAUCAAAGAGCAUAGCGAAACGCAAAACUUGGAGUAAAUUUGGAGAUUCUGCGAAUGACAAGCCUGGCCCAAACCCAGCAACAACAAACGUUUCCGAAGAUGUUUUCAUGCAAUUUAUUACUUGCAAAGAAGAAGCGCAACGUCCAGAUGAAGGUGGUCUAGAGGCAUUGAAGGCAAAACCAAAUAAAGUCCUCGUUAAAUGUCGUACUUGCCAUGGUGAACAUUGGACCACAAGCUGUCCAUUCCAACACACGGAGCUUGCUCAGGCAAAAGCUAAUGAAGCUGCUAAAGCAGCAGAAGCCAAAGCAGCCACGUCAUCUAACAAAUAUGUAGCUCCAAGUGCACGUGAAGGUGCUGUCCGUAGCGCCGGUCGUGAUCCAAAUGCAAGACGUGAUGAUUUGACCGCUAUCCGUAUUUCCAACCUUAGUAACUUUGCAAUUGAAGCUGAUCUUGAUGACCUUGUAAAAGGUUUUGGACCUGUACAUAAAUUGUACCUUGCUAAGGAAAAGAGCACUGGCCAAUGUAAAGGAUUUGCCUAUGUACAUUUCAAAUUCCGAGCUGACGCUGCUAAAGCUAUUCAAACUUUGAAUGGUUACGGUUAUGAUCACUUAAUUUUGAAUGUGGAGUGGUCCAAGCCCCCUCAAAACAAUUAAUGUUUUGUAACUUAUAACAACUUUGUCAUACAUUACAGAUUUUGAAAUAAAUUGAAAGUAUCAAUA